GAGGAUGUUGCUGAUGCGAUGUUUGAGUUGCUUAAGAUUAAUAUGAAUGCAGACGAUCUAGCUCAAAAAAAUUAUAAUGAAAAAAUGAAUCAAAUUGAAAAUUCUCAAAAAGGAUGUGAUAAGUAUUGGAAAAAUGUUAUUCAAGUUGAU